GCCGCGCUCACAGCAAACGAGAGUUGCUCCCUGCUCAUUCUGCAGCCUGUCGAGCGGCGCAGAUACAGAGCUAUGCCAAUGCAUAGCGUUCACCCAAGCGCUAUUCGGCCGCUAUGUUCCAGAGAGAACUGUGGCAUAAUUUAAAGGAGAAACAACAUCCACACAUGGGAGUUUGGGGCUUGCUGAAGACCCAAACGGCACCUGCCUGUGAGGAUGCCUAAGGCAGAGAGAUGCCGCUUCCCUGUGCAAAGAUGUGAAAGCGAAGCAAAAGCUUGGCACUGGAAGGCCCAGCACCAACUGGGUUAGAGCUGGUGUUUACCUUUUGGAUGCAAGCGCGGUACGAUCCCCGGAGCGGGAGGUAGCAGGAGAAUGGCGUGCGUGUCGCUUUGGCUUAUGUUUGUGACAUGCUGAGGAUGGAUAGGGGUAAAGGCAGCUGGGGCAACCACGGAGCUACAAGCAGCUUCGUUUCUCCUCUUUCCCCUUUGCGCCCUGAAUGCAGCCCCUUCCUAAGACACCGGGCAUGAAAAGCGAGACGCGCCUCGUUCUUCCCAGGGUCCAGAAAUCCAGCGGAGAUCCAAUGGAGCAGCCUGCCGUGCGGACAGAGGCGGCUCCUGCCCGCCGCCGCGUGCUUCCUUCGGUGAGGAGCGCUGGACCCGCGCGGGGGGAUUGUUAGGUAAGGCAGCCCAGGAAAGAGACCCCUCGCCAUGGGGUCCAACGCGAGCUGGGCUUCCGUCAACGCGAACGAGCGCGGGCCCUACCACGCCGUCGCCAGCGCUUUGAACGCGUCCAGCGCGCAAAUCGCGGGGAUCAACAGAAGCGCCCACGGCAACGGGACUUCGCAAGGGGAGGCAUAUCGGGACGAGCAAACCUACCGACAUUUUACCACAGCGGUGCAAGUCAUCAUCUUUAUAGGCUCUCUGCUAGGAAACCUCAUGGUCUUGUGGUCAACAUGCAGGAUGUCAGUUUUUAAGUCGGUAACCAACCGAUUUAUUAAGAACAUGGCCUGCUCUGGGAUCUGUGCCAGCCUAGUCUGUUUGCCUUUUGACAUAGUCCUCGGUGCCAGUCCACAUUGCUGCUGGUGGAUCUACACCAUGGUCUUCUGUAAGAUCAUAAAGUUCUUGCACAAAGUCUUCUGCUCAGUGACCAUCCUUAGCUUUCCUGCCAUUGCUCUGGAUAGGUACUACUCAGUUUUAUAUCCACUGGAAAGGAAAAUAUCGGAUGCCAAAUCUCGAGACCUGGUGAUCUACAUCUGGGCUCAUGCAGUGAUAGCCAGCAUUCCUGUAUUUGCUAUGACCAAUGUACUGGAUAUUUAUGCUAUGUCCACUUGUACUGAACCUUGGAGUUACUCCAUUGGCCGUUUAGCAUACAUCAUUAUUUACAACAUUACCACUGUGAUUGUGCCGGUGGCUGUGGUCUUUCUCUGUAUGAUCCUCAUCCGCAGGGCACUGAGUGCCAGUCAGAAGAAAAAAGUCAUCAUAGCUGCCUUAAGAACCCCUCAAAACACUAUUUCUAUCCCUUACGCCUCUCAGAGAGAAUCUGAACUUCAUGCCAUGCUGCUCUCCAUGGUUAUGGUUUUCAUUUUUUGCAGUAUCCCCUAUAUGACUUUGGUGAUUUACCACACUGUUCUCAAUACUUCCGACGCUUCUGUGUACUUGCUUCUCACUGCCAUCUGGCUGCCCAAGAUAUCACUGCUAGCCAACCCUCUGCUGUUCCUGACUGUUAACAAGUCCGUGCGGAAAUGUUUAGUAGGGACAAUGAUGCAGUUACACCGAAAGUAUAGUCGGAGGAACACAGUCAGCUCCGGAGGCGCUGGGGACAUCAGCCUGGAGCCUCAUGUUCGUUCUGGUAGCCAGCUUCUAGAGAUGUUUCACAUUGGGCAGCAGCAGAUUUUCAAGCCCACAGAGGAUGAAGAAGAGAACGAAACAAAGUCCAUUGGCUCCAGUGGCUACCAACAGAAGGAGAUACCCACAACCAGCUUAGACGUGGAGCAGACUUUAGUUCAGAGGCCCAUGCCUCACGCCAUUGCAGACUCGGCUGCGCAAGUGGCUCCAGCAAUGCCAACAGAAGCCGAAUUGGCCAGUGAGAAGUAUUCCAUGCAGCUGGGCUUUGGGCCCUUUGAGUUGCCUCCCCAGUGGCUGUCAGAAAAUCGGAACAGCAAGAAACGACUCCUGCCUCCUUUGGGGAAUACGCCCGAGGAGCUAAUCCAGACCAAACAGCCCAAGGGUAAAGCAGAAAGAAAAAUUAGCAGGAGCAAUAAAGUCAGCAUCUUCCCCAAGGUGGAUUCCUAGUCAAAGCAGGAGCGCUCUGUGAUGAGAGAUGGGACUGCCUUCUUGCAUACAUGUGAUCCUAUGGAUCUUUGUUAGGUUGAAAUUUAAUAAAGGCUUAUUUUUUUUGUGCCAAUUUAUGUAAAAGCAAAUGAAAGCAAGUGUUCCUCAGGAAGGGGUUUCAAUACAAAUAUCUCUGCCUACCUAUUUCUUUACAUUAAUUUAUAUAGACUCGUUUAACUUCCAAAUAGGCGUUUUUGGACCCUUUCUGCCCCAAAGACUGCUUACCACAUUAUACCUUGUAAUGUACACACACACACACACACACACACACAGAGAGAGAGAGAGAGAGAGAGAGAGAGAGAGAGAGAGA